UCCUUCCCAAAAUACAUGUACCCGCGCUUCGGCACCUGUGCAUCUCACGUUCCUCCGAAUGGGGGUACAGCGAGGGGUAUUGGGUACAUGCAGGUGGGGCCAAUCAAAUCUUUGGUAACCACGAACGCUUUUAAAAUCAGCGAAGUUGUCAGACGGCAGAUUGGUGGAGCAAUGUGCGACAAGUUUUUAGCAGACUUCUUCGUCGAAACGUCUUGUGACUAAGGACCGGACAGUGACAUGCCAUAUGUCUGGUGAAAUCUGACAAGUGUAUGAUACAAUUCCAUUCAUCGAAAAGAGACAAACUUUAUUAUUGGUUAACCAAAUCAAACAAAUAAAGACUGCAACACCCCCUGAACCAAAGCAAAGCACAAUAUGAAGAAAGAUUGUUGUCACAGCACAGAGUGGAAGAAGUAGAGUUCAUGCCCCAACUCGAUGACAUGGAUGACAUGGACGACCUGACCUCUAUGUCAAAGGUUACUGACCUGGAUCAGGAUCGGGGCCUGCUGCUGUCGUGGGGUUGCGGCGAGUUCGGUCAGCAUGGCCAUGGUGGAUCUGGAGAGAACGUGAGUUCGGAGGGAGCCCUCGUGGAUCACGGGGAUUCUCUUGUCAGAUCGCAUCGCGUCAAACAUAUCUCAUGCGGGUCAAGCCAUACAGCUGUUGUCACAGGCCAGGAUGAGGUCCUGACUUGGGGAAAUGGCAACAGUGGACAGCUUGGAUGUGGAGACAAAGCAACCCACACUAGCCCUCAGAGGUUGCGGCUUGGCCCUCAUGACUCUCAGGUGGCGGGGGUGGCCUGCGGUAGCCGGCACACCGUGGUCUGGUUGGAGAAUGGCCGCGCCUACAGCUGCGGGAACAACUUCUACGUCCAGCUGGGGUACGACUUCCGCGUCAAGAACUAUAAAGAGAACCAGAUCAUGAAACAGCAUCUAAAAGAUGAACUCUCUGGAAAGGAAGGUCCUGUAGAGGUUUUACCCCAUUUUCUGCGACCAAUCAUGCACAGAAAGGUGGUCCAGGUUUCCUGCGGGAAGAAGUUCACCCUGUUUUUGUUUGAGUCGGGACAGGUGGCUGGAUGUGGGGCAAACAACUUUGGGCAGCUGGGUAACGGAACAAGGGCAGAGAUGGUAUCCCCCAAGCCGUUGGAUAAUCCAGAAAACGUCAUCAGAAUCGCUGCUGGAUCGUGCCAUUCACUUGCCGUCACUGCAACUGGUGAAUUGUAUGCUUGGGGUAUGGGGAGAGCUUGUGGAAGUCGCCGUGAUGAUCUUCUUACGCCGCAGCGCAAGACAACCCGACGUAGCAACGUUGUGGGCGUGGCGGGUGGGAGUGGCCAUUCCCUUGCAUUAACAGGUGAGCUAUGUAUUUAUCUUGUUAAAAAGAUCCCUUGAAAACAAAGCUUUGAGUUUUUAUCGCAAGGAGGAAGGUAUUUUG